GUAUCCGCAUAAUUCUAACGUGAAUAUGAUCUCGCUCUAAUAAACUUAUGCGCACUUGCUUCUUACUGCAGUUUUCGUUCUAACUUUGCUAUGAUAACGUCUAUAUGUAUUGACAAUGAAUCCCAAAAUAAUACUACGGAAAAGCAAUAAGUCGUUUCGGUGACAACUCAUUGGUUUGAAGUCGCCAUGUUAGAUGAGAUGAGCUAUGAUUUGUGAAACACUCGACUCGAUUCUAAUGGCAUGCUGACAGCGAGUUCUGUGUUGCUACACGAUUAUACGAAUUGUCGAUUCAAAAUCUAUUUCAACCCACGGCAGGUUUAAUUUGGUAUAUAUAGCUAGAAUAAAUCUGAUUCUCAAGGUUUGCUGCUAAAAAAACACAUCAAGAGACUUCAUGCGGAUCAGCACAAGUAAAAUUCACUAAUGUUUGCUGACAUUAGUACACCAAAAUGAUGAGACUUCGGACUUUUGAUAGCUAAUCUUCGCCAAUUCAAUGCACACGGAGCACCCUGAAGAGAACAAAAUAAGAUGAAUAACAUUUCUGGACAAUUUCGAAAGAUGACAUGGGAUCCAAUCCUGAUAAUAUCACAAAUAAUAGCCGUUCAAGCAGUGAUAUACGUUUGCCUUGGAGUGUGGAUAUGGAUUGUUGCCUCACUUCUUGGAUCGACCAAAUCAUUGGAUUAUGCUUUUCAGUAUAGCGAACUCCACGUUCGUGAUCUGGGUGGUAAAAUGGUCAUCACUAUGUUCUUGUUCAAUGCCUUAAUUGGAGCUUUGGUCUUGUGGUGGAUUGUACAAAGGACUAAACAAUGUAUGGAUUUUGCGUGCACCGCUCAUCUGAUUCACUUACUCUGUUGUUGGGGUUACAAUUACAGUUUUCCAACAAGUUUCAGCUGGUGGUGCCUGAACAUCGUUUCUGUUACCAUAAUGUGCAUAUUUGGAGAAUUCUUGUGCAUGAGAACUGAACUUCAAGCAAUCCCUCUUGGAAUGAAUACCCAAAAAACAGCUUUGUAAAUAUUUGCUUGAAUUAUAAAAUCAUAUUUAUCAAUCUAAUUUAUUAUU